AUGACACAUAGCAGGGGAUGUAAUGCCGAGUACGGGAAGGGAAAGAAUCACGCAGGAGUGUCACUGAAGAAUGGUCUGGGACUGGGAGGUGUAUUGACGUCUAUCACAAGUUGUCUGGGAAGUUCUCACAUUGACGACAGUCUGAGGAAUACCGAAUUAAUGCAUUACUUCCUCGACUUUGUGGCUCCCAACCUUGUCUCAAUCGAAGGAGACUACACCCCACCCCUCUUUCGUCAACAGGUGCUCCCGUGGAUGAUGCAAUCGCAGCUAUUUCCCAAGAUUGGCAUACUCAUGGCUUCAGUUUUCCAAGCCUUUGAACGAGGUUAUGAUGCUGAAAGCUAUCCAGAGCCGCUGGCUAUCAAAGUGAACGUGCUGGGAAUGAUAAACCGAGCUAUCGGGAGCGGAGUAUAUGAGUUGGAUGACGUAGUGAGGUCGAUCAUGAACCUGGCUGUUAUCGAGUGGCUAUGGGGUAAAGAAGAGAGCCUGGUUGCGCACUUGAGAGGGCUCAAGUAUCUCGCUCGGCCAGCAGACGGCCGACCAGGCUUGAGCGACCCCAUGUCUCUUGGAGGCCUUAUGCUUGUGGAUCAUGCAGUAGCCAUUACCUAUGAACGAGAUCUCCUCAUACACGAUCGAAAUGACCCCCAGCCUCCACAUAUGCCAAACCAUAACAUACCGAUUCCUUUCCUUUCCCCCCUACUACCCGAUCUUCGCAUCUCAUUCCUGCAGAGCAUGCAUGCUCUCGGCUUGACAUCCACUGCAGCUCACACACUGAGCCGUAUUCUCCGUCUGACGGCAAUGAUCAUUGAACCAGCCUCCGCAUCCUCUCCAGGAUCGGAGCCAGUUGACCCCAUCCCUACCACCACCAUAAGAGCUAUAGCAUCACGUCUUUAUGGACUCUUAGCCUCAGCGCCUAUCGAACCUGAUCUCGUUACGCAAACCAUCCAGCUCUGUGCCCUUAUAUUCACCACCUCCAUCUCUACCAUGCAGCCCAUAUCCGCCCUCAAAACCGAAGCCCAGUCGCAAACUCUGUAUGAGAACAUCCUCGCUGUUGGUCCGAAAAGAUGGAAAGAGAUUCCAGGUAUCUUUCUCUGGGUCUUGAUGGUGGCUUCGCCGCAUCCGAAGAACCCGCCUCGAGAGGUGCUUGAGUCUGGUGAUGUGACGAGGUGGGAGCUCAAGCGGAAGUAUUUGGUGCGGAAGAUGUCGACAGCUUUGCAGGUUAUUUCGCAGGAGGAUUUUGGGUUGGGGAUUGCGUAUUUGAGGGGGUUUUGGGCUGUUCAGAGGUUUGUUGUGGAGGGGAGCGAUGGGGGCGAGUGGAGUGAGAGUGAGGGGAGUCCAUGA